GCUGGAGCCGCUGUCGGGGAGGACAGCAUUAACUCGAACGGUGAAUCUGGAGGUCCGGGGAAGCUUCACGGAAGGUCACCUUGUUUGCUGGGAAUAGUGUGCAGAUUAGAUUAUAGACUAAGAAUGACACAUUUUAAAUUGCUAUACUAUUAAACAAAACAACCAAGCUGAAAAAAGACUAAAUGUGCAAAUGACUGUGGCAUGCGCAUAAAAUCAGCCACACAGCGAUAUUUAACUUAUUUAAAUUACUGACUGUAAUGAAGUCAGCGACCAAAUGACCAGGGUGCGGUAUUUCCGAUCCGCUUAACGAGCAGUAAAUGCUAUCAGGACUCAUGACCGGGCUUAAUGGAAACCUCGGAUUCUUAUUCAGCAGGAUUCGUCUCAUUAACCCGUUUGGCUCAGGAACCGGCCGGUCAUUCGCUUUAUUGGUCUCGCUGCAAAUCCCCAGCCAGUGCCAGUGCCUGAUUCAGAGCUAACAUGGAGAAGAUCAGUGAACAUCUGUUCAAGUAUAAGAACUUCAACUUUCUGGUUGGUCAUACAACUCCCGAGCACAUCGACUUCCUUGAGAGCUUUGAAAUAAGAGACAGCGAUGCGUUCCUCGUCACUUAUCCAAAGUCAGGCACUGUAUGGGCUCAGCAGAUCAUCAUUUCCAUCUAUGAGCAGUACGGGCAUCCGAAUGAAUGUUCAACCAACAUAGAGAGGAUGCCGUGGCUGGAGUACAAGACAGCUGAAUACACUCUUCUUCCAUCUCCACGGCUCUUUGCCUCACAUCUCCCCGAGUAUCUCAUGCCUCCAGCAGUGAAGGAGAAGAAGAUAAAGGUCGUGUAUGUGAUGAGGAAUCCGAAGGACAACAUGGUGUCUUUUUAUCACUUCAGCAAAGCUCUUGCAGACCUGGAGACUCCAAAGAGCUUUGAGCAGUUUUUUGAGUGGUACAUGACGGGACACGUAUUGGCAUCAUCCUGGUUUGACCACAUCAGGGAAUGGCAUUCAAGCAGAGACCAGUACGAUAUCCUCUUUCUGACCUACGAGGACAUGAUUAUGGACCUGAAGGGAGUGGUGAAGAAGCUCUGCAUUUUCUUGGGGAAAAAUCUGACUGAAGCAGCCAUCGAUCAAGUUGUGGAAAAAUCCAAGUUUGCUACCAUGAAGAAUGACUCAAAAGCAAACUAUGAACACUUUCCACCAGAGCAGUUCAGUGGAAAAUUCCUGCGCAAAGGUCAGAUUGGAGACUGGAAGAACACACUGACUGUUGCACAGAGUGAAAGAGUCGAUCAAGUCCUUCAGGAGAAACUUGGUGAUUUGUCUCUGAAGUUCAUCUGGGAAUAAGCAGAGCAGCCACUGCAGCUCUUCAGGGUUCCCUGGGAUUUUUAAAAAACCUUAAUUUCAUUAAUCCUUAAAAAUUAAUUUUUCUGACAUUUAAAUGUUAAAAAAAACUUGUUUACCUGAAGAUUUACCCAGGAAUCAAAAAGUAAUUAAAAAAUGGCUAUUCAAUUAUUCAAUCAAGAUUUUUAACAUGCCUGAAAUCAGGACAAAGCACUUUAAAUGGUCAUAAUUUACAAAUAUCAUUAAUUAUUAAAUAUAUUUUUAAAAUUCCAUACCUAAAGCAUCUAUUUCUUGGCCCAAAGUAGAUACCAUCCAUUCUUAUCAAGGUCAUAGGGGGGCUGGAGCCUAUCCCAGCUGUCAUAGGGCAAGAGGCAGGGUACAUCCUGAACAGGCCGCCAGCCUGUUGCAGAGCCAACACAGAGAGACAGACAACAGUCACACUCACAGCUAUGGGC